UUUUGUUUGCUGCCGUAACGCUGCUUUUGUUUUUGUCUCUUGCACGAGGAGGAGUAUCUGGCCGCACACAGUACACAGCACAGAGUUGCCUCUCACAGGUUGCCACACGGUGAAAGGUCGUCGUCGUCGCGUGCGUUUCACAAUUCGUUAAAUUAGCGACGGCUAAAAGCGGGCAUAACCGUGAGAUCUUUAUGGAUAAUUGGAUGACAAUGUUCAUCGAGUGCAGUGGCAGUAGUGAAGUGAAAUAAGCCACAAAAAUAACUCCAUUAGAAGUGCUUUCAUUGGUGGCAUCCAUUGGGAUCCAUUUUCCACACUCAAAACACUGGGAUUACAGCAGCUGAUCAUUCAUUUGGAUUCACUUGGAAUAUGGUUGUAAUAAAUGGCUACAGCUUCAAGUCGCAGCAAGUCCUCAGCAAUCAUCAACAAGAUCCCCAACAGCAGCAGCAGCAGCAGCAGCAGCAGCAGCAGCAGCAAAGCCAGCAGAAUAUUUGCCACUCUGCUGGAAUGACGGUCAAGACAAAGCGGGACUGGGACAUCAAUGAUGCCAUUGUGCCGCAUGUGGCAGACUUGGAAUUCGACGAGUUCAGCGAGUGGAGCGACGGGCAUGUGCGGCACAUUUACGCGCUGCACAAUGAGGAGGCCAAGAAGCACAUCUCCGGCUGGGCGAUGCGCAACACCAACAACCACAACGUGAACAUCCUCAAAAAGAGCUGCCUGGGGGUGUUGGUCUGCUCCCAGCACUGUGUCCUGCCCAAUGGAUCGAGGAUCAAUCUGCGGCCUGCCAUCUGUGACAAGGCGCGACGGAAGCAGGAGGGCAAACAGUGCCCCAACAAGAGCUGCAGAGGCGGUCGGCUGGAGAUCAAGCCCUGCCGCGGCCACUGCGGCUAUCCCGUGACCCACUUUUGGCGCCACUCCGGGAAUGCCAUCUUCUUUCAGGCCAAAGGAGUCCACGAUCACCUAAGGCCCGACCCAAAGAACUCGAGUGUCUCGAAGCGAGCCUUUGGCAGGAUUCAACUGGGUGGGAAAUCCUCCCUGGGGGGAAGUAAUCCGAAGAAAUCCGUCAUUGCGGGUUUCGUGAAGCAAGUGAAGCAGCAGCAGAAUCUCAUCGGAAAGGGCAUCAAGGGGCAUCGUCCAACGGUGGCCAGCAAUCCCUUGGGCCACUCUGCCGCCUCCGCUUUGGACAUUUACGCGUUCAAUGGCUGUGGCAAGUGCCACACCACUUACAGCCACUGCACCUGCCACAGCUACCUCGAGGGUGGCCAAUCCUCGAGCUACGCGAGCAACGGCGUGGCGACGGGCGGAUGGCCAUCGCUGAAUGGUGGCGAAUCAACGACAAAUCCCUGCGAGAGCUCAGCGAAUGUGUUCACGGUUAACCAUCAGCACAUUACCUACAACUAUCCCACCAUCUACCAUGCCACACCGGCGGCUGCCACGGCACCCAGCAAGUCCCCGGGUCUACCCUAUGCCUGCAUCUCGGAGCUGGCAGCGGCCUCCUACCAACAGCAACAAUCCUCCGCCUCCAGCGGUGGCUACAGCAAUGCCAUGUGCCACCAGGGUGCCGCUGGGUGCCACAUCCCCUACGAGUCGAGUCCACAGUUGGCAACGCCAGAGCCAGAGUUCAUCAAUUACUCGCAGAUCAAGCAGCAUCUGGGUGCAACGAGCAUCCAUGAGGAGGCGGCUGGCAUCUGCAAAGGGGAGGGAGAACGGGAAGGGGAGGCGCAUCCAACGGUCAAGUAUAAUGCCACCGUGGAAACACAGCCGCUGGCGUAUGCGGAGGAUAACUACGACUAUUACUACAGCAGCCAUCGGGAGUCAUCGAAGGGAUUAGUCCAGGACUACGAGCUGCCGCAGCAGCACCACGCCCACGCCCACUCCCAUCCGCACCAGCAGCAGUUCCCUGGCAGCACCGCAGGACACUAUUACGAGAGCGCCAAUGGCUACAACGGAGUCAGCUACUUCGAUACGGGCACCACUGUGUCGCCCGUGUCCACCACUGCCUCUGCUGCAACAAAUCUCGACCAUGGCGGCGCCUCUGGCUAUGGAUCCUACUACGAUCCUUAUUCCUCGUACGAGCAGCAAAUGGCACAGAUCACACAGCCCCCCUCGAUUGUGGCGCCAGCGCAGCCGCCCCCACCGCCCACGCUCACGUACCAUCAUCAUCAUCAUCACCACUUGCACCACCCAGCGGCAGCAUCUGCCACCCAUGCGGCACAUUGAUAGGGAAGUACUUAAGUAAAUGGAAUCACUCACUAGCCAGUAGCCUUUAGUUUAGUGAUAGUGAUAAGUGGCGAAAUCUUAAUUUCCGUAACGUA